GCUGUGCUGUUGCUGUUGGCAUGUAUAAUAGUAGAAAACCAAGGCCUUUGUGUUCCUGUGGUUUCUGUUGUGUGGACUUUUAUUGAGUGCGAAAAAGACAAAGUGCCACCCCUGUCUCCUUUUCCCACUUUUUUUCUGCCUUCUGGGUCUUUUGAUCAUCCAUCAAAAUCUCUUUUUUUAGUGAGUGGGCAAGUUUCAUUUGGCUUCUUUCUCAUGGAGUGUAAUGAAUUUGUGUAUGGUGAAAUUCUUUGAUUCCACAGUCAAAAGUAGAAGUGGAUGUGCGUUCUUGUGUGUUAAGCUGUUUUGAAGCCUCGUUCUUAGUUUGGGCAAUUUCAUCUAAAAGGAGUGUCUCCUUGGAGUAUGGCUUCAAUUUGCUUCAAAGUGGCACAAAAAAUGGAAAUAGUGAGCACUUGUGGCCGUCAUUGAUUUUGACAGCACGGCUCUAAACACAUACUUUCUCAUAGUUUUGUGUUGGAGGAGCCAAGCUAUGGUUAUUUUCAUGCUCCUUAGUACAACAGGGCCACCGAUCAAAAGAAGAGCAGGUUUGAGAAUUAAGCAAGCGGGUAGAGGUUCAUACCGAGGAAGCUAGGUGUGUGUUUGAAGUUGCUAUUGGGUUUUCUUUAGUGUUCCUUCUUUGUUUUGCAUAGUCCUGGAAAGUAGAACAGAUGGAAGCCACUUCCAUAACGUCGUUGUUGAAGGGCUUUUGUGAUCACACACGAUGGAAAUAUGCUGUUUUUUGGAAGCUUAACCACCAUUUUCCUAUGAAUUUGACCUGGGAAAAUGGUUACCAGAAAGGAAAUGAGGUUGAGGAAAGUAUGUGGGAUGAGGUCAAUUUCAAAUCCCCAGAUGAGUUAUAUUCUUCAAGAGGUGAAAGUACUGAUUAUUCAGGAGAUUAUUCAGUUCGACUUCUCAUGAUUGAAAUGUCCCAUCGUAAAUACAAUUUUGGAGAAGGGGUUGUUGGUAAAGUAGCUCUUGCCAGGGAUCAUUGUUGGGUUUCCUGUGAGGAUAUUCUUACCCCUAAAUUUGACACUGAUUUAAUCACAGAGUGUCCUGAUGAGUGGCUUCUUCAAAUUGCAUGUGGCAUCAAGACUAUUGUGCUUGUACCGGUUCUUCCACUAGGGGUUUUGCAGUUUGGUUCAUUUGAAGAGGUUGCUGAAGACCUGGAAUUCGUUACCACUGUGAAGGGUAAGCUCCAAUCCAUUGAUUGCAUGGAAGCAAAUAUUACCCCUUUGAACAUGGGAACUGAUUAUCAAGAUUGGUCGGACCUAAUGCAUAAUUUGAUGAAUAGCUUGGACGAAUCAUCUUCUGUUACUAAAACUAUAUGGAAAAGUGAAGUUUCAACCAGUACUGCUUCUAACAGUGCAAAUGGUUCAACAAGGCUGAACCCAACAAUGCUAUCAUUUAUUCAAGAUGACUGUUCUGUGUCAAGACAAAAUCUACUAAAAUCUCUGAAAAGAGAAAAUGGCAAUGAGAUAGGUUCCUCUUCAUUUGAUAUGUCAACUGUUCCUAGACAUAUUAGUAAGAUGGAGACAAAACCAAAUCACAUGGAAGCAGAGAUGUGGUCCUGGUCGGUUUUUGAAGAGAUGUCAAACGGAUUAGACUCUUUGUCUGUUAAAAAUAUGACAGAGAAACAGUUUGGUGGCACUGAAAGUGGUUAUUAUGAUGCUAAGAAUAUCAAUGACUUCACUUUUCCCUCAGAGUCAGAAUUGCACAAAGCACUUGGAUCAGUUGCAUACUCUGUUGGUGAAGCAUACCAUACCUCAUGUCUGAUAACCAAUAAAAAAGAGAGUGAUCAUAUUAAAGGUUUUGAGUUUCCCGAAGAUCUUGAUCCUGAAUAUCUUUUAGAUGCUGUUGUUGGCAAUUUAUGUAGUGCUGCAGAUGAUACUUCUAGUAUUUCAAACAGUAUCAGAUCUUUUACAACUUUGCCAACAGAGAUUAGCGGUUCCAUUCCAAAAAAUUAUUCAGAAGAAAGCUACACUUUGAUUGUGGAUAAUUCAGAUGUGAAGAAUGAUCUUGUGCCUGCAGUUUCCUUCAAGAGAAAAUAUGAAUUUUCCAACCAUUUUACAUCAUCUUUUGAUGGAAAUGGAAGCUUAUUGAUUGACGAGGUGCCACAGGAAAAGGAAGAUGUUCAUAUGCUUCCAAUCAAUGGACCAAAGCUCUCUAGCACAAACAAGAAAAGAACAAGAGUUGUUAACAACCAAAAGGCAAGGCCAAGAGAUAGACAGCUUAUCAUGGACAGAAUGAAGGAGUUGAGAGAACUCGUCCCAGAUGGUGGAAGGUGUAGCAUUGACAACCUCUUGGAACGGACCAUAAAGCACAUGCUCUACUUGAGAAAGAUAACAAGUCAGGCCGAGAAACUGAAACGAUUUGCCAAUAGGACGGUUGGUGAGAGCAAAAGACAGAAAAUGAACGGUAGCCACCCAGGAAGGAGCUGUGCAUUUGACUUUGAAAGUGAACUAGCAUGGCCUAUAGUCAUAGAAGAUCUGGAAUGCACAGGGCAUAUGCUCAUUGAGAUGAUAUGCAAUGAGCAUGGCCUUUUCUUGGAGAUUGCUCAGGUGAUCCGAAAGCUAGAUGUCACCAUCUUGAAAGGGAUCUUGGAAAAUCGUUCUAGCGACAGCUGGGCUUGUUUCAUUGUUGAGGUUCCUAGAGGCUUUCACAGAAUGGAUGUUCUAUGUCCAUUACUGCAUCUUCUGCAGCUGAGGAGAAACCCUAUCUCAUACAAAAGCUGACCCUGCAAACCAGUUUUCAGUUUCAAAUGGCAACUCCUAUUUGAAGAAGUAACUAUAAUAUUGAAGAGGGACCUGUGUAAAGUGUUCAUCCCCUCUUAUGUAAACAAAAGAUAUUUUAUUAGGGUGCUAUUGGCUGCUGAAGAAUAUUUCUAGCACCUUGCUUUGAACUCAUAUCUGGUGCGGCACAUAAUUAUGACCUAGAAAAGUAGAGCAUUGAAACUAUGAGAGUGCACGUGAAUGCUAUGUAUUUUUCUGUGGCUUAAAUAAUAUUGCUACCUUUCCAAAAAGAGGCUACAUAAAAGUGCUUAAUGUAAAUGAAAUAGUAAGUUUUUAAA